AUGAUUCCCGCGGUGAUUCGAGGAGGGGGAGGGGUGCCGCAUGCAAACAUGGACCUGGAGGACGUUGAGGAGGAUAUCGCGGAGGCAAGACUACGACAAGAACAAGCCAAGGUCGAGAGAAAAUUGGAGAAUGUUACGAAGAAGAUAGAUGAGGAAGAAGAGGAAGCACGGGGAAUCGCCAAGGAGCUCAAGGUCUUGGAGACGAAGAAGGCUGGCAUAAGGAUACAGCUUCUUGACAAGGGGGCGGGCCAGAGGUACUGGGAGGAUAUAUUGAGGGAUGUCGAGGAGAAAGAGAAGUACUUGCGAAAGAAAGAAGAGGACCUGCGAAAGAAAGAAGAAGACCUGCGAAAGGAAAAGCAGGACCUGCGAAAGGAAAAGCAGGACCUGCGAAAGGAAAAGCAGGACCUGCGAAAGGAAAAGCAGGACCUGCGAAAGGAAAAGCAAGAUCGGCUAACGAAGGAAGAGAUUAACCACGGGAUUCAGUGGAUGGAGACACCGUUGGAUGCUAGUGAGCUGGGCUAUGAGGAGAAUCGCAAACUCUUUAGUGUCGAUCGAUCGAUCAUGAACUGGAACCCUGGGACAGCAGGGAAGGUGGUGCUUUACUGCAGGGAUGGCUUCAAUGAGCAGAUGGAUUUCCUGGAGGAGAAAGUUUGCAAGGAAGGAUAUAUGGGUUGGAUCUUGGGUCCUCCAGGGACGGGGAAGACAACGACGACGAUAUGUUUCAUACUAUCAAAAAGCAUUGAGGAAGGGUGGUGUGUGAUGUUCGUGCGGCUGUGGAAGUUGGGGAUCGUCAGUUGUAUACAAGUGGUCGAUGGGCAACAAAGGAGAUGCGACUUGUCUUCGGACGAGGUGGCCAGCGGGGUGAAGAAGAUUCUUCAGGGAUGGACUGACAAGCGACGGAAGUAUCUUGUUUCGUUGGACGGCUACGUGUAG